CAUAGCUGCUGCCAGGUCCAGAGUCUCUCAUGGGUCCCUGUACGGCCUCCCAUUGCUGCUGUCUCCAUCGCCACACUCUGCCAUGUGCCACUUUCAGGUCUCCUCACACUGCUGGUGUGUUCCAUUUUUUGUCAUAGGGUGCUGGCAGAUUACGGGCCUCCCAUAGCUGCUGCCAGGCCCCUAAUCUGCCAUGGGCCCCUAUAUACCGCCUCCUCAUGCUGCUGCCAGGUCCAGAGUCUCUCAUGGGUCCCUGUACGGCCUCCCAUUGCUGCUGUCUCCAUCGCCACACUCUGCCAUGUGCCACUUUCAGGUCUCCUCACACUGCUGGUGUGUUCCAUUUUUUGU